CAUGUGGACUGAGGUUUGGAAGGGAAGCUGAGACAGAAAGGAGAGAGAGGCUUUAUAACUUACAGAGGGGAUUCUGCCCUGGCCCAGAUCAGGCUAGAUGAGCUUGGAGAUUUGUUCUAGCUCUCAGAUCUCAGGGGCUCAGCGGACCGGUGCAGAACCAGGAAAUAACAAGCCAAGAAGCUUGCUUUAAUAUUCUUGGAUGCAGGUGGUUCCAUCCUUGCAUCUUGGAUGCAAGAGGGAGCAGCAGAUACCAGAAGACCUCUCUUGACAGACACUUUAAGCAAGAUACUUUCAGAAUGGGAAGUCCUUCUUCAGCAUUGAAGAGACCUACAUUAGCUGGCCGCAGACAACAACCACCCAGGCCCUUUGACUCAGCCCUGGUUUCUGCCCCUGCCCUCCCUAGUAUUCCAGCAAGUAUCAGCCCCACCAGGACACAAGGGGCCCAAGCCCGGGAGGCUGAGCAGGCUGCACUGCAGGCAAACCAGGUCCAUCAGGAUAACCUGUGGAGGGAGCUGCUGGAGGCUGAGCUCAGAAGCAACAAACGCUGGGUUGAAAAUUGGAGUUUUUUGAAAGACUAUGAUCAAAUGGGUAAUAAAAAAGAACAUCCAAAAUUACCAGAAUACAUCUCCUUAUUUUCUGACACAGUUCCCAGCACAACUAAUCAAGUUAUUGGCAGCAGGGUGAAUACAGAGCUAGGUAAGAAGAUAGCAAGUAUGGAUUUCUUCUUUGUGGAAGGAAACCGUAAGAAGAAACUUAAGGAUGAUUUUCAAUCCAUCUAGUAUCCCAAAGAAAUAUUGCAAAAUUCCCAAAGAAAUUUGUCCCCAA